GAUUAUCAGCUGUACACAUUACACAUACCCACUGCCCACUGGCGAUUCUGUUUGUCGGGGGCGAGACAAUAAGUGAGCGGACGAAAGCUGAAAGGACUACGUGACAAUGUGGCCAGUAUAAAACAUUAUUUACUAGAUCUACAAGUGAAAUGAUGAACAAAUGACAGUACGAAUAAUUUUGGAAAACCGUGUCCAGCUCACUUUAUUUCAGUUCGAAUUUUCUUUGAUGACAUUAUAAAUAUAAACACCGGUCUUUGUGUGUACAUUGCUGAAGUUGAAUGCUAUACUUCUAGACUCGAGACACAUCUGUUCACUAACAUAAAUUGCAGCAGGGGCCCUUUGUGCUUCUAUCUAGUCAACAGUUUGUUCAUUUGAUUUGUGACAAUUUGUCUACAGUUUUACACUGUUAUACUUGAAAGAACUUGAUUAAAUUCAGCUUCAAGUUCAAUCAUUCAACUUCAGGCUGCGACAAUUUGUUUUAAAAUUCUACCACUGUUAGUGUAAUUUCUAAAGUGAGACUAGUCAGUCCAGUUUCAGUGUUUUUACUGUUAUUUAUUGUGAUAUUUGCAAGUAACUGUAUAAUUCACUAACCUACCUUCUGAAAUGGCUGUGACAACAUCGCUCAAAGUGGGAGAAGUCAAGAUUCCAGAAGAUGCAGACUUCCGAUUGUUCAAGUCAAUGUGUGAAGAAAAUGAUGGCUGGAAGCUUGAAGUUAACAAAGCACAGACCAUGGUUUGGACCAAAGCAAAUGAACUUUCAGACUUCAAAAUGGUGAAGGUGCGCUGUGUGUUUGACGACAUUGACAUUGCCACUAUGUACGACGUCCUCCAUGAUCCUCAGUACCGGAAGACUUGGGACCGCACUAUGCUGGAAGGUGCUGAGAUCUGUGCUAUCAACCCUAACAACGAUAUAGGAUACUAUGCAAUUCGAAGUCCUCCACCCUUGAAGAACAGAGAUUUUGUCACACAGCGAUCUUGGCUGGACUGCGGCUAUGAGAAAAUCAUUUUCAACCAUUCGGUGAACCAUUCAGCACGGCCUCCGCGCAAAGGUGUGAUUCGAGGCACGUCCUACCUGACAGGCUACUACCUAGUCAAGCUUGAGGAUCGGAAGACACAACUCACCUAUGUCUCUCAGUCGGACCCAAAAGGAAAUCUUCCAGCCUGGGCGGUCAAUAAACUGACAAAGAUGUUUGCACCAAAGGUGAUAGGUCGUAUUUAUAAAGCUGCCAAGGGCUACGAGGCGUGGAAGAGCAAGAACCGACCCGAGUUCAAACCCUGGGCCAACCCGGAACAGAUGAUGUCCAGCUUGCCCAAGUUCAACCCCGCAGACGUGGCGAGCGACGAGAAACUGGCCGCGUCCAACGAGUCUCUAGAGGAAGGGGAACUAGAAGAAGCGGAUUUCAAAGACGAGGACUACUAAACUCCUGUGUAGGGAAGCAUUGUCGUGUUGGGUGAUCGCUACUUGUGGGCUUUGAGCCGAUAUAUUCCGUCUCUGAUGCGUCGUUAUCGUUCCUGGAUUACCGGAUCAGUAAUAACAUCAUUGAUGGAAUGUUUUGCCUUGGGGAUCAUUUCACCUGUGUGCGACCUAGUUACUACGAUGAUGUUGAAUAACUUAUACAGUUUGUUGGCAAUGCUCAGAAUGUACCAAGACAAUUUAUUGUUUUUUUAUUUGGGAACAAAGUAGUAUUAGUCUUAACCGAUGCUUUGAUAGUUGAUUAAGUUUUCUUCUUUUUUUUUUUCUAUUUGUUUUUUCUGUUAUUUUUUUUGCUUCUUGUGUUCUACUGGGUGUUUAUUUUGGAUUUGCCAUUGCCCUGAUUGGUUUGGUUUUCCAUGGUUCCCUUCAAAUGAUUAUUCUGUGUUUACCAUUUUAUAUACUCGCCUUUAGCACAAUCUGUCGUAUAAUAUGGGGUGGUGGUGGUGGUGGGGGGAUACUUUGACUCCAAAAUCGGCCCAUUUUUUUGGGGUAGAUUGCGCGAAUAAUACAGGGGUGAAUUUCUGACAUGCUGGAAGGGGCUCGACAUGCGUGACAUUAAGUAGUAACUGGGCAUCAAAUAUAGUAUCUCACCUUUGAGGACAAUUUGUAGUUGCAUUGAGACUAACGUAAAUCAUUAUUUCCCCAUUGUUGGGCCCAAUCUGGUUGUAUGUCAUGCAUAUGAUACAGGGGGAGGGGGGUGGGGUUGUACUUUCAAAACUCAUUUUUUUAAUUGGCUUGUGUUGUAGGCAGUUAUGUACGGUAUAUUGUAUAUUUUAAGUUUACCUGAUGUCAUUGGAUGGGACCUAUUGUACAUACGUUGAAUUUACGUGAUAGGGUUUAUAAAAAGGCCAUGGGGAAGCACAUUUUUAAUGUUAAAGUUUUGAAACCUGACUCAGUCGGACUCAAAGUAACUUGUGGCUUGUGAUUGCUGUGUUCAUAACAAUAUGUGCCUCUCGUCAUUUUUUCUCCUCUUUGUGUUCCACACUGUGUGUGUGUGUGUGUGUGCGCAGGCUUUUAAAUUACAUCGUGUGUAUGGACCACAUCUGCAUUGUA